AUGAUGAUGCAAGAUACUGAAUGCUGCGCACCCCCCGCGCGACGCCGCGCCGUGACGUCACGGGGGGGAUCGAAUCAAUAUCGUACCAAGUACCCUCCCUCCGUCGUCGACGGUCCUCGCAAGACAGACCGCCGACCGCCUCAGUACGAGGUGGCCCCCGCGACUGUACGGGACGACGACACCAGCGUCGCCGACGACGACGACGACGACAGUGGCAGCGACGAUUACGAAAACGACGACCCGUCCGACUUCCGGUUCGUCGACCUGCUGAUCCUCGCGAUCGGUUCCGGUGCCGUGGGCGCAGGAAAUAGGCAAGGGAGGAGAGUGGAAACGAAGAAACUAGGCAGGCAGGGAAGCAGCGGGCUCAGUGAGUUGGGUGAAAAUCGAUGGCCAUCAGCGCCCAUGGGCGGCCUCGCGUUUAGGACAAGGAAUAGCCCCUCCCAGAAGACCUCGCUCCGGUGGGGUGACUGCUGCCCCCCAAAUCCCAACCCAGCGUCGUCGUCGGUCGUCUGGAAGCAUCGUCUUCAAGAAAUGCCGCCGGUGCCUGUAUAUCCAGACAAUCCCAAAGCGGAUCAGCCACCGAACUUCUCGGACCUACGUUUCCGUCAGCUCGAGCUCACGCCGGUGGACCCCUAUUCCCCGAAAAUGAUCAACAUCGCCGGGGUAGUUUCCAUCGUCCUCUUCUACCUGCUGAUUUUGGGCGUGGGAAUAUGGGCGGCCAGGAAAAAGGAAGCGGGCAACGACUCCGAGGAGGAGGUCAUGCUGGCCGGCCGCUCGAUCGGGCUCUUCGUCGGGAUAUUCACGAUGACGGCGACCUGGGUCGGCGGUGGUUACAUCAACGGCACCGCCGAGGCAAUCUAUACCAGGGGUCUGGUCUGGUGCCAGGCACCAUUUGGAUAUGCUCUCAGCCUCGUUUUCGGUGGUAUUUUCUUCGCGAACAAGAUGCGACAGCAGGGGUACGUCACGAUGUUGGAUCCGCUUCAAGACGCAUUCGGGGAGCGCAUGGGCGGCCUCCUCUUUCUGCCUGCUCUGUGCGGCGAGGUUUUCUGGGCGGCAGGUAUCCUCGCGGCACUUGGCGCCACGCUGGCGGUUAUCAUCGACAUGGACCAGGGCACCUCCGUCAUUCUGAGCGCCUGCAUCGCUGUUUUCUACACCCUUUUCGGCGGUCUCUACUCCGUCGCUUAUACCGACGUCAUUCAACUCUUUUGCAUAUUCAUCGGUCUGUGGAUGUGUAUCCCGUUCGCUUGGGCCAAUCCGAAAGUAGAAUCCCUUAGUUCCAUGGACGUUGAUUGGAUCGGCAAAGUUAAUCCCGAGGAAUAUUGGUAUUAUUUGGAUUACGGUUUACUUUUGGUAUUCGGCGGUAUACCUUGGCAAGUGUACUUCCAACGUGUCCUCUCCUCGAAAACCGCGGGGAGAGCUCAAGUAUUGAGUUACGUUGCCGCUAUGGGUUGCAUCCUCAUGGCCAUUCCACCCGUCUUGAUUGGAGCGAUUGCCAAAGCAACUCCUUGGAACGAGACGGAGUACAAUGGUCCUUAUCCCUUCACGGAGACGGAAACCAGCAUGAUUUUACCGUUGGUCUUGCAACACCUGACACCGGACUUCGUUUCCUUUUUCGGGCUGGGAGCGGUAUCGGCGGCGGUGAUGUCUUCUGCGGACAGCAGCAUUCUCUCUGCUAGUUCGAUGUUUGCUAGAAACAUUUAUAAAUUGAUCUUCCGUCAGCGGGCGUCGGAGAUGGAGAUCAUCUGGGUGAUGCGAGCGGGAAUCGGCGUGGUUGGCGUGUUGAGCACUGUGAUGGCUCUCACGAUACCGUCAAUCUACGGCCUCUGGUCCAUGUGCUCGGAUUUGGUCUACGUAAUUCUAUUCCCGCAGCUGCUGAUGGUGGUGCACUUCAAGGACUACUGCAACACCUACGGCAGUUUAUCAGCGUACAUAAUCGCCUUCCUGGUGCGCAUCAGCGGCGGCGAACCGAUGAUGGGGUUGCCCCCGCUAAUACGUUACCCGGGCUACGACGAAAAGACAUCGACGCAAAUGUUCCCAUUCAGGACAAUGGCGAUGCUGAUGUCGCUAAUAACCCUGGUGGGGGUGUCGUAUGGCACACAGUUCGCCUUUCUGACCGGGCGGCUCGCUCCGGGUUACGACGUCUUCAGGUGCGUGGUGAACAUCCCGGAAGACGUCGAGCGAGUGGGCCCGGACCCGGCCGAGGGCGAGCAGAUGGCGGUCCUAGCUGGGGGUGUCGGCAGACUCUACGGCAGCAAGGACGAAUCAAACGGUCGAGUGAAUCCAGCGCUCGAGCCGGACUACGACAUGGAGCCGGGAUGUACGAUGGUCGGAGGUACAACGGACGGCGUCGUCGGCGGCGGCGGCGGCGGCGGCGGCGGGGUCGGUGGCGCUGGGGGACACCUGGUGCCGCACGUGCCCGGCGGCGUGUCCCGACAACCGCAAUCCAGCACCGCGUUCUAA